AUGUUGGUAAGAAAUAGAGUUCCCAUUCAAAGGGUCGCCUCUUUUGGGAUCAGGGUGUUCUCAAUAACACUGUUAUUGUGCAAUCAAAGCAGACUAGCAAAUCCUGCAUCACUGGGGGGUGACAAAACUGUUGAGCAUAAUAUCAAAUCAGAAACAAACCGACUCUCAAAAACUGGUAGUAGGUUCUGGGAUAAGGGUCAUGUUUAUCGCAAUGAGAAGACUGGAAGAUAUGAAAUUCAAUUAGAUGGCAAGACAUUGCGCACACCUUUGGGUCUCCCAUUGACUUUACCCGAAAGCAAAAAGCAAUUAGCCUACUUGAUUGCGCAUGAAUGGAUGCACUUGCCCAAGAUAUCCUUGAAAUCUAGUGCUUUGCCAUUGACAGGAUUGGCAGCUAGAGCCAUUGAUUUAGAGUCCAGAGGAAAUCAAAACAAAGCAGGAAAUAAUGGGGGUGAAGAGAUGCUCGCCAUUGAGGAUUUGAAACUUAGCAUGUUAAAGUACCUCGACACUGACACUUGUCUUAUAUUUGCAGGAGCAAGAGACUGUGAUGGGAAAUUGAGACAAAGACAAGAAGAACUUUAUCGCCCUUUGAUAAAAGAGUACAAUGAUUUUUUCACAACAUAUGGAUUAAGCAGAAACUUGCUCAAAGAAAAUGAAAGAAUCGAAUUGAAAUUUUUAGACUGUGAAAAGGAUGGCUUGAGAGGAAAUAAACAAAGCUUGAAAACGCAACAGGUGGUGAUAGAUUGGUUGGACCAAUUGAAUAUUUUUGAAUUCAUUGCCUUGGAGAAAUCCAUUCUCACUACAAAAUCGUUUCUUUGUGCCGUAUCGGUCUUGCGAUCAAAUGUGUCAGAUGAGUCAAGGAUGAAGGAAGUAUUCCAAUUGAACAGGGACUCCAAUGACCUAUUCUGGCACAAAACUGUCGAAGAAAUUAUUGAGUUGGGUAAUUUGGAAACGAUCUUACAAACUGGUGAGUGGGGAGAAGUAGAAGAUACGCACGACGUUGAGAAACGUGAUUGGUUGAGAAGCUUAACUAGUGCUGCUCUUUUAAGUCACUAG